GGUGAGUCUCUUUUUCAAUGACCUAUUUAAAUCAUUACAUAUUGAUUCUUGUCUUAAUAAACAUCUUCUGAAAUCUCUCUUCAGCAUCACAGCAUGGCUUCUGUGGGUGCAUUGUUAAUGCUUUUGCCCGUUGCGUGGACAUGCUCUCCCCAAAAAGCAGACUACGUUAUGGUGUCAUGUUUCCCCAACGCCAUCAUUGCCAACGUCCCAGAGUGUCCUUACGGUUGGGAGAUAGAACAGCUGUCCCUUGGUGGAGUCUGUUACUCUGGAAUACACAGCCCAGGCUACUACCGCUUCAUCAUCCCAGACCUGACUCCCAAAAACAACUCAUACUGUGGCACGCACUCUGAGUACAUACCCGGCAAAGACCCUAAGUACGUCUUCUAUAACUCCAUUGUGUCCAACGACACGUCGCUCACGAUCAGAAACCAGCCGGUGAACUACACGUUUAGCUGCAUGUACCGAGCAGCCUAUCUGGUAAAUAACGCAGUGUUCAGCCAAAGAGUGGCAACAGUUUAUGUCAACAACGGGAGUUUAGGCACUUUUAGGUCACAGUUGUCCAUGACUGUUUUCACGAAUUCAAAGUUCCUGUAUGCCAAAGAUGCUCCCUAUGUGAUCCACACGUCUGAGAUCGGCUCUGAAGUCUUCAUUGGCAUUGAGGCCAAAGGACUAAGUAACAGAUUCAAAGUUGUGAUAAACAACUGCUGGGCCACGCCUACUCCAUACUCAACAGACAAGAAGAGGUGGAGUCUCAUCAUCAAUAGCUGCUCCUCCGAUAACACUGUGACUGUUUUUGAGAACGCCAAAGACAGCCGCUCCAUGUUCAAGUUCAACUCUUUCCGCUUCCAACGGCUGGAGAAGGUUUCCACCGUCUGGCUGCACUGCGAGGUCCAGGUCUGUGAUGGAGAGAGGCUCGUCUGCCAGCCAGCCCCCUGCUCUUCCAGAAGUCUGUUAGCAGAGGCAGAACCGAGUGGGGGGGUCCUUACUGCGGAGUUCCACCUUAAAGGUAUUAAUUCCUCCAAUAACGGACACAUGAAAGACACUUCACUUUUCAUCCUGCUGGCUGUCUUCAUGAACACAUGUUGUAAUUUAGUAAAUGGAUCAAGAAUGUGGUAAAGCUCAUAUUCAUGUCACCUCACACUCAAAUGAAAGGAAAUUUUCACCUACUCUCAGAUAUUAUUUGUAUUUAGCCAUGGAUACUCUUUUAAAAGGUCACAUAAAUACUUCACUGCUUUCUCCAAUAAAGAUUAAAUGAGAUUUUGGAAAAUAAAUUAUCCUUGUCCCUUUUGUUUUUAAUCAUGAGUAACCUUUUAAAAUCUUUAAUGAAUUACAAUGUUGGUAGGUCAGUUAACUGUUUCAUCCCACAGGAAGUUUGAAGCAGUCCCUCAACAAGGCAGAAAACACAUUCAUAUUUAAUAAUAAUAUUUAUUAAUUUCCAAUAAAUCUACCCAGAACAUGUGUGAAUGGAAUUAUUGAAACAUAACCAUUUUGAUUUCAUACAUCACUGUUGAAUCUGAUUACUCUUUAUGCACUCCUCAAACCAUAUUGGGAUUAGAAGUGAUAAUGUUGUUGUAUGUUUAUUAGGUUUUUCCUCUUCUCUGUUGCUGCAUAA